GGUCAAAGCAAAGAAGAAAGGAAGAUAAGAGAACUUCGAAGACUAUCGAAUCAAAAAAGACUUGUAUUUGUGCGAAGAAUUUUAUUUUUUUUGGCUAAAUAUUUCUUUUUUACAUUUCGAAAUGGUUAAGACACGUUCUAGAGCAGCUGUACCGUCGGUAUUUUACAAGAAAUCCAAGGUUAGUUGAACUCAAAUGCUUGGCCACGCUGUCAGUGACAAUUCUGUAUAAUUCUUCCAAAUUCUUGAUUUACUUUGGACUUCUUACUUUCAAAUUAAUUUGUCGUCCUUACUUUUCUUUUCUUCUAAAACAGGGGGAUGCUUCAGAUGAAAACGGGGUUCCUUCACAGAUGACUGUAAAGUCUAUCGACCAAGGAAAACGGUCGGCCGAAGGCUCCCCCGAGAAUGCACCUUCAAGAAAGAGAUCUGCGUUUGGAGACAUCACAAAUAAUGUAAGGCAUCGGCUUAUUUCCUCACGUUUCCACUGUGCAAAGGAACAAUUCCCUUAGUUUAUUUUCCUUCGGAAUUUUAGGCAGCUCUGAUACCACUCGGAGGGAAGGAUACCAAAAAGAAACAGAUAAAAAGCGGCGUCGUUCGAAAAGAAUCACAGCGACAAAGCAAGGCAAAAGUCGAGAAGAAGGCAAACACGAAGCAGCGAAGAAGCAAGGAGUUAAAAGAAUCUUCUGUUAAACAACCGGUUAUCAUUACUGAAGACUCUCCAUCUGGGGAAAUUUUAAGCUCACAAGAUUCCAUCGAAGAAUCAGGGUCUAGUUCUCAAGACUCGCUGCAAUCUACAAGGUUUGUUUCAUAGGAGGAACAUAAUUAAACAUAAGAAGCUUUCGAACGCUUGAUUUUUUCAUUUGAAUCUUUACUAUAUGUACUAUAUGUGACUAUAUGUGACAUGAAAAUGUUUUCAUAUAAGCUUUAAUGCCAGAAAUUGGUGGAGAAGCUUGCAAGGAAUCCUUUGUUGCACGUUUGAAAGAAAGUGCCUUCACACAAUAAUGUCGUUUCUGUUUUGGCUAUUUGCAGUUCAGUGACCAGUCUUGAUGUGACUAUACCUCAAAGUGGCAGCGAUUCUGCAAUCUCAAGCUUGGAAGAAUCCUCCAGGUACAUUGUUGACUUUAUUUUCAGUUGGCAGGUAUAAACCUCUUUGUCAAAGCUAAGUAAGAAGUUUCAUUAAACUUGUGAAUGGGAGAGUCAGUAAUUUUCAGUUGCUUGCUGAAGGAUAGAUACAAAAGCAAUUUUCUGCUCUUAAACUUCCAAUGUAUAGUUGUGGGCCAUUUUUUCUGUGCAUCUUAACACUUCCUUUAAAAGUAUGGAAUCCCUUAAUAUAUGUGCUAGUGGACAACCAACAACCAAAAUUUUUCCCAAUAAUUAUACUAACUUAAGUCAAAACUGUUUUACUAGUGUUGAUUCAGAUAAAAAUUCCAAAGAUGACACAAAAGCUGACACAAAAGAGGAAGAGACUGAAGAGAAGGUAAAUUCAAGAGAAAUAUCAGUCUGGAAAAAUCCAUAUGGCAUGUUAUAUAGUGUUUUAAGGGAUGCACCGCAGACUAUUUUAACUACCUCUGCAAAGCAGCACUGAUAACCUAGCACCCAAAGGUACAUGGAGGAGCCCAACUCUUGAUCAGUUGAAAGUCCAAAUCAAUCACAGCAAAAUACGCCUGCUUUGCCUUGUUCUGGCACCCCAAUGGACUCAAAAAAAGUCGUUUCGAAUUUGCUUUUGUCUAGAUUGGCAAAUCAACAAUGGCAUUUUUAACAGGCCAAUCAUGGUACAUAGUCAAAUCCUAGGGGCUUAAUUAGAACAAAAAUUUCAGUGCUGUUUCAAAGACAGACUUAGCCAGAGUUUAUUUUAGUCUGUGGUGCAGGUUUUGGUGAGAGCACUCGUGCCUCCCAGAAAUAAAGUCAAAGUUUGAGUCCUAAAAUCGAUUGUGGCGUACAUUGGUUGAGUUUGUUGUUUGUUCUGACCCUUGCACAAAGAGGUUUUUCUCUGCUAACUCCUGUUUCCUUUCUUCUCAGAACCCCAAAUUUUUAAGACUAACAUGCAUCCACUAUGUAGAUGCACUUCGAUCCUUAUUUAAAAGAUGUACUACCUUUAAAUUGUCAUUCAUUUAUUCUGUGGUCUAAAUCACUAGAUAAAAUCAGAAGAAAGAAACACAAAUGAUCAAUCUGGAUCAAGAUUUAUGAUCCAAAACCGCGCAGACCAUUGUACAUUAAAAGAAGAGACUUGAGCAGUUCCUUUGAUGCACCAUGAUCCGAGUGAUCAUAAAUCUUGACAUCCAGAUAGUCUGUACAAUGCCUGGUGCCCAUAGAUGAUGCAGCAGUAGCUUUCAAAAUUGAAAAUACCGUACACUGUAAUAACAGAAGAAUUCCAUUUUCUCAAAUCCUCAGUGUUUUAAAUUCUUGAUUAUCCAAACCUAGACUGUGAGCAUUCUCUCUUUUUCUUCAGAUUUAGUGAGAGCAAUGCACCAGUCACGUGUGUGGCCAUUUGUGUGUCUCGCAUUUUGCUCGAGGGACUACAGAAAAAAGAGAGACUGCUCGUAGUCUAAUCCAAACCAAGCCUAACAUCCCUUCACCAAUCAAACACCAUAAUUUUACUCCUGGCUUUUUAGACCUCCUGAUAAUUAAAACCAAUUUGCUUUUCUCAAGGUGGUUUGAAACAUCAUGAUUCCACCACAUAUGCUGCCCUAAUUCUAGAACAAUCCAUACAUUUUCUUUUGGCCCCAGCCACUAGUGAGUAACAUGAAUAUUACUUGCAUUCAAAAGGUACAGGAGACUCCUGUCAAUGAUGUGAUUGACAUUGAUGCCAACAACACAGACCCUGUAACUGUUUCAGAAUAUGCACAUGAAAUCUUUGUCAAUAUGAAAAGGAGAGAGGUAAUACUUUAUUACGAACCACUGACAACAUAGACUUUAUCAGAGUUUUUAAUAAAUUAUACUUGAAAGUAUAUACUGUUAUUAAUAACGAACAUUAUCAGAGGGAAACUUGAGCUUUCGGUGUUUCCAUCAGCAGAUUAAUAAAUAUUUUUUUGAAAGUAACAGUUCAGAGGGACUUAAGCCUCUUAUUUCUGACCUGAUAUUUAAGCAAGUAUGUGAGCCAAUAUAAGAAAGCAGGAUUUGCAAUACCAGAAGAGACAUUAGUGACCUUAAGAUACGGGUAAGGGUAGGUCAUGUUUGAUAAUGAUAGUUAUAUAAGAAGCAACCAUUUUUUUUUAGAAUGAUAAUGGCGUUACCAUUCUACUCGGUAGCCUAGCCAUUUCCCCAGGGUAAGAGGCAAUCUACCUGUAUUCAUGGCUACGCAUACGGGUAAUUUAGCUGUACCCUUACAUGGAAACGGUGUAUCUCAACGUCUCUUUUGAAACAAGUUACAUGACUGUGAUUUUCAUUGUUGAAGACAUGCAUAUAAAAUAAAUUUAUAUCAGAAUUUGCAAUCCAAUAUUGAAGUAUGUUUAUGACAAUUACCAUUUACUUUUUAGGAACUUUUUCCACUAACAAACUACUUGGAGACGCAAAAUGGCAUCACCCCACAGAUGCGCGGUAUUUUGGUUGACUGGCUGGUGGAAGUCCAAGAGUGUUUUGAGUUGUAUCAUGAAACCCUCUAUCUUGGGGUUAAACUUCUUGAUCAUUUCCUGGAGAAAAAUUCUAUUCAAAGAGAUGAAUUACAGCUUGUUGGUGCAACAACUUUGAUCAUCUCUUCCAAAAUUGAGGUAAUUAAGUUAUAGUUAAGUUCGUUUGCCAACCUGAAUUUCCCUGUCUUUUGAAUUCAUACAGUCUGUGAUAACAAAUUUCCCAUUGAAGAGAGAAAAUCAAUUAUAAUUUCUGGCCCUAAAAAUUAAAUUACAGUCAAACCAGGUCAAGCGUACCCCCCAAGAAUACAUUAAUGAAUUUAUUAUUCAAAAGUUGAAUCCGUUGCUAGUUGUAGAUUUCAGAGUGAUCUCUGCAUUCUUGCAUGUGUAAUGAGCCGUGAAAUCUUACCAAAUACAGAGAAGUUCUCGUAAAAUAUUCACUGCUCAUUACGCAUGCAGAAAUGCCGCUUUGAAUUUGACACCAGUUACGGGAACGACCAACGGAUUCAUUUUUCAAAUAAUCAAUUCAUUAAAAGAAUCUUGGGGGGUACGCUUGACUUGGUUUGACUGUAACUACAGUAGGUUUUUCCAUAGUUUAAAGCACAUUUCUUGGCAAAAUGUACUAGGUAAUACCAAGGCUGAAGGGUAUCUGAGUACAAUUGGCCUAAGUGUAUUAGAAUAAUUUCAAGCACGUUGCAUUCUUUUUUACACUUUUUGAGGCCUAUAAAAUUAAUGUAAUCCGUUAUGCGAAAAAGAAAAAGGUUCUUAUGGGAGCCAGAGAAAACAAACUUCAAAAGUGUUUUUCACAAAAUGAAAUCUUAUGCAUGAUGAUUUUACCUGUGUUUUUUCAUUUCCUUUGAAAUCUGAAAUUUAUGUUCUUGGGCUUCCAUAAGAAAUUGUUUUUGGUGUUAUUACUGAUACCUACAAGUGUAAUUAAUUACACCUAUAGCCUUUGAGAAGUGUAAAAAAGAAUGCAAUCUGGCCUAAAAAAUUUUGGUACAAGGUUUUUGUCCACUGAAAAUUAAAUUACUCAAUUUGGUGAUGGAUUCCAUCAUAAUUUAUUUAUAUUCUCUGAUGUUCUGAUUGUUUUUAGGAGCGGCACCCUCCUUGCAUGGAUGAUUUUAUUUACAUCUGUGAUGAUGCAUAUCAGCAACAACAGUUUAUCGCCAUGGAGAGCAGAAUAAUGCGAAGCUUAGGCUUUGAUGUCAACAUUCCCAUCCCAUACAGAUUUCUAAGAAGAUACGCAAAGGUGAGAGAAUUUUUCACCAUCCAAAAAAAUAUCUGCAAUGCAUUUAUCACAAUGAAAAGAAUAAGAUCUAUUAAAUGAAUUUGUAUAAAAGUUUCUGUGCAGUAGAGAAAGAACUGUUUACCAAAGCUUAUUUACCAUAUUUAUUUGAUUAACCGCCCUGGUACCCUGGUCCCAGAGGUUUUUCUUGAUUUUUCUUCACGAAAGAGAUCAAGAGCAAGGCGACAACAAGUCGCGACGAGACUCGUUGUCGCCGCUUUGUAGCUUGCUCUUGAUCUCCUUCGCGAAGAAAAAUCAAGCAAAACCUCUGGGACCUGGGUACCGCCCUGGGUGCUUAUUAAAUUUUUGGACCUUGAGAGUGGGCGCCUAUUCGAGGUGGGCACUUUCACCAUUUUCAGCUAGUGAAGCAUGUUUAUUUUGCAACCAAACAAUAAAUGCUAAUAACAAAACAUGAAGAAGUAACAAAGCAAGGUUUCUGUAAAAUACUCUGAAGAAAACUCCGUCCUCGGGGAAGUAUCUCAUUAGAAUUUAUUCACUCAAGUGUGUGGGGUGGGGGUGAGCGCUUAUUUGAGUUCGAUUGGGAGGAGGAGGGGGUGGGCACUUAUUCAAGGCUGGGCGCUUAUUAACUUUUUCUGCCUUUAGGACGGGUGCUUAUUUGAGGUGGGCGCUAAUUCAAGGUUGGGUGUUUAUUCGAAUAAAUACGGUAUAUUAAAACAUUGAAUUUUCCAUUAUCAGGCGGCAUUUGCAAGCAUUGAAACACUAACACUGGCUCGCUUCCUUCUGGAGUCAUCCCUGCUUGAUAAUCGUUUCAUCACUUACAAAGCCUCACACAUGGCUGCGUCAUGCCUGUACCUUGCUCUGUUAAUGAACAAUAAAUGCACUGAAUGGACUCCUACACUAGUGCAUUAUACAGGGUACACAAAGGAUGAGCUGCGAGAGUGUGUGCUGCAGUUAAAUGCAAUGAAUGCCGCAUCACCAAACAAGAACCUCAUGACAGUGCGAAACAAGUACUCACAUAAAGUGUUUCAUGAAGUGGCAACGAUCCCUGCCCUGGACACUCUGACCAUUCAAAUUUAGAUUGCUUAGAAUUUAUUUUGUAAAUAUUUUGCUAAAUAGUUUGAAAUAUUGCCUACCUCUUUGCCAUUUCCCCCUUAGGGGCCAACCAUUUGACUUUUGAUGAGGAUAUGGGUGAUUUGUGAUGAAUUUUUUUUCCCAAACCUCUGGAGAUAAAAUUUUUCCCCAGACAUGUAACAGUGUAAUAUAUUUUUCUCAGCAUAAUUACUCAUAAUACACCAUGAGAGAUACAUUUUUUUCAGUGCAGGAAUUUUUUCCCCCAGGUAUUUCCUUUUAAGAUUUUUUCCCCUCCAAAUCAGUUAACAGCUUAUUUUUUUCUCAAAUCACCCAUACCCCCUUCCCACCUCAAAAGUCAAAUGGUUGGCCGCUUAGGAUAGGUAAAAGUUUCAAAUGUUUUAGAGUAAGGGGGUACCACACCCUCAGCGGCUAGGUGCAGGAGGCAAAUUAUAUUUUUAAAAUAACCAAAGAUUGAUACUUUGUAAAUAGCAUAUGAUUUAAACUGAUAUUUUAUUUUAGUUAACAGGUAAAAAAUACUUAGAAAGAAGAAAUCAAAGUUUUAUUGAUUAUAAAGUGUUAGAAUUUCACCCUUUUCAGUCC